AUGUCUGCUUCACUUGCAAUAGACCUGGACAUUGGUCUAAUUCCUGCCCUCAGCGAAGACGACGACGAUACCACCACGGGACAGCGGCAACAACAGGAAGAGGAGGAAGAGGAAGAGACGCCAACAACAAAUGAAGACAGCAAUGAUGGAGACGAUGGAGAGGACAGGGAAGAUGAUGAUGACAGCGAAAAAAAUUGUGACACGCCUACAGACUAUGAGGAAGACGACGAAGAAGAUGAUUUCCCACCUGCAGACAAUGAAGACGACCACGAAGAUGAUGAUACAAGUGCUCAGAAUGAAGACUUAAAAGAACAUGAUUCUACAGAUGCUGACAACGGAUCUCUCGGUCCACCUGCUCAUGUCAGAAUCGGACGUGGCCAGGUGUCGGGACGACGAGCUGCGAAUAUGCUCACCGACGGCGGCGAUUCACCAAGGAACCGAUAG